CCUCUUCUGGUUCUUGAUUGAAUUUCUUAAUUCCGAUCAUGUUUGAAUCAAGAACUGGGCAAAGUAUCAUGGAUAUGACCAAGGUGGCAGCCGAGAAGGCCAGAGACAUGGCAGAUGAGUUCUUCAAGCUUCAAAACAUAGACAUGGCUAUAAAGCACCUUACGGCAGCCAAGUAUUUCAACCCAGAACUCCCUCACAUCGAUGAUUACUUCACAGCAUACAGAGUACACCAGUUAGCGGCAAACAAGAAAAACUGUUGGUAUGAAAUACUUGCCAUCAAAGAUUUCAAUGUAGACGCUGACACAAUAAAGAAUCAUUACAGAAGAAUGGCAUUAAUGGUUCAUCCUGACAAGAACCCCUCUGUUGCUGCUGAGGGCGCGUUCAAGUUAAUUAAGUCCGCUUUGGACGUGUUGGGCAACCCGGUGAGAAGAAAGGCAUAUGAUGCUACAAUAAGUUCUGAAUCAAGGUCUAACCCUUCAAAAACAACAUUUGCUACUCCGAAUACUGGUUCUCCUUCUACUUCUGGCGCUUCAUCAUCAUCAAGAAAACGUGCAUCAUCUUCUUGGGGUCAUAUUCACAUUGAUCCAGUAAGCCCUAGCCCUUCAAAAUCUAAUCCGUCGAAGGUAACUGUGGUUCGUUGUAAAAACGGUAAAAUGCAAAUACGCCGCUUUUAUCUGAAUGCGGGGGAGGAAGUCCGCAUUCACUGAGCCUUAUCCUCACAGGUCGGCUUCUGAAUACUUUUGGGGUUGCUAGCUUUUCUGUUUAGCUUAUCUGCUCCAAGCUCCAAUGUUCUUUCAAUAGCGGCCUAGAAAAAUAUAAAUCGAGGACCUCCCAAGCAGUGCCGUCCUUCCUCAACUCGACAGAGCCUCAUCCUCCUCUUCAUCCUCUUCCAUUGACAGGUUCAAAUUCUUUCUUGCUAAUAGAUGUGUGGACGAAUGAGCUGCUGUAGAUAAGCAUUUUUGCAGGUCUUUUUGCUGGUGGUGGCUUCUGAAUAUUUUUGUUAUGCCUGAAUUUGAGCCUAUAUAACUGAUGCUGUUGGGCUUGCUAGUUUCCCAUUUUGCUAUGAGUUCUGUUGCUGAUUGCCAUUUAGUUUUCGUUCUCAAUUUUGUGGGCAAUUGAUUCUUUUUGUCGGCUGCUUGCUUAGCCGAGGUUGCUGCAUGCUGGUGUAUUUUCAUAUUAGGCUUGUUUUUAAGUUUCUGGUUGUUUCCCUUCACACUUCUCUGUUGCAAGCUUUGUUUUCGGUAGGCCCUCUGUGAGUUGGUUGAAAAUAUUUUACACUUCAUUGUCCACAAUUCGGCAUUAAAUUCAUUUGUUUUCUAAAUUGAGGACAAUGUGUUUCUUAAGGUUUGGGGCGGGGGAUUUAUUUGUUUGGGUUAGUUGGUCUUUGUUCAUAUCAGUGAAAUUUUUGAAUCUUUGUUUUGGCUUCAAAAAUUAUUUUUCUCAUAGUUGAUUCUUUUCCAAAAAAUUUCUUUUCAAGAUGCAAGAUAGUUUAGAUAUAAAUGAUAUUUUUGUGCCUAAUUUUCAACCUGAGGAUGUUACCAAGGUUUUGAUUGAGAAAAAUUGAGCAUAUCUUUAAUUUUCAUUAUCAUUGUAGAAUGCAUUUCUUGCUGAGAUUUGAGCAAAGUUUUAGGAUGAUUUAGUUAAGGGAUUUAAUUCUAUGCGGUUUUUAACUUUUAGAGGUUAGUCCUAAACAGGGUUUAAGUAACGGAGCAGUAAAGUAUUGUGCUUAAAUGUAAAAUUUACUCCUGUCUACUCCUAUGUUUUGAGUUAUUGAGUAACUAGGAGCAGGCAUGUGCCCCAUGUGUGUUUUUACGUCAAAAGGUAGCUUAAGAUAUGAGUAUGUAAAACACUCUAGGUCAUGAAAAAGCUGAGUAACCGGGUGCCGGCAUCACCAAUGUGGGUGUUCGCGUCAAAAGGCAAAUCAGACUUAGGGAAGAGGGAGUAAAUAGCAAAAGGAAAAAAAAAAUAAAAAAAAUAAAAAGCUCUUGUUGCUACUUUUGUUUGUAGUAGCCGAAGGAAGAUGAAUGCCAAUUUAGUUUUAUGUCUCUUAAUCACGUUAUUUCUAAAGCUUGCAAAAUUCGAAAGUUGGAUGUUCAUUUGAAUUUGAAAAGUGGAAAGGAAAGAUUGUGUUUGAUCAUCUUGGUUUCAAUCUUGUUACGUUUUGAGGCGGAAGAGACCGUGCAUUAAUUUGCUUAUAUCCGAAGUUUAUCUUGUGUUUUAUAGAAGAGGUUUUAGGACAAGGAUCAAUAAAUCUUAAUUGUUUUGUUUUGCUUGAGUACAAACAAAGAUUCAAGUUUGGAGGAAUUUGGUGUGAGCAAAAUUGUAAGUGUUUUCUAUAGGUUUUCAUAAUGAUUGUGAUGAUGUUUGUCUGAGUUUGGCAGGUUGUUAAUGAUUGUGUUUGUGGUUUCAGCAAGGUCAAGGAUUUUCUUUCUAUUGGUUCUGUAGACAAGCUUGCAAGGGGUAGCCAUCUUACCGUUUGGGAAAACAUUUUUCUUUCUAUUUUGCUUUCCGAUGUAAAAGACCCAGGUUUUUUCACUUAGCUUAUUUGGUCCUAGGUUGGGUGUAUGGGGGCCUUGGGUUAGUUUAGAUCUAUUAAGCUAAGUUUUUCCUGGUUUUUUCAAUUAAUAAAAUUACUUUGACAUAGUUUUACACAGU